CUGUAUUUCUACAUAGUCUGUGAAAGAGAUGGAGCUAAGUUAAGAGUUUGCAAAUAAAUGUGAUAAAAUUUGUUAUUAUAUUGAUAGCGAAUAAAAUUUUAUUUCUUUUACUGUUUAAAUAUAUCAAAUCAAAAUGGGUCGACGAUCAAUAAAUACCACCAAGAGUGGUAAAUACAUGAAUCCUACGGAUCAAGCUCGCAAGGAAGCACGAAAGAAGGAAUUGAAGAAGAAUAAACGACAACGACAAAUGGUCAGGGCAGCAGUCCUUAAAAUGAAAGAUCCCACACAGAUUCUUGAUGAGCUGCAAAAAAUCGAUGAAAUGGAAUAUAAUGUAUUACAACCCUCGCCGCUAAAUGAAAAAGUGUUGAAAGAGAAGAGAAAAAAAUUAAAAGAAACAUUUGAUAGAGUGUUAAAGAUGUAUUACAAGGAUGAUCCAGAAAAGUGGGUUGACUUAAAACGUCAAGAAGUAGAGUAUGAGAAAAGAAGAGCUCAUUUGAUAUCUUAUUAUGAAUCUGUCAAACAUGCACAAGCAGUGCAAGUUGAUGAUAUUCCAUUGCCAACACUACAGGUCCCUGAUAACUUGAUUUAUGGGAACUUGCCAUUACAAAUACCACUUCCAGCUGAUACAUUACAUCCAAGUGCACCUAUGAAACCAAUUCUAAAGAAGGAUUCUGCAUAUAAAGAAAGACCAGCUGGUGUAGAGCCCCCAGGGGUUCCCCCAGGUCCACCACCCGAUUAUGGGUUGUUACUUGCUGAGGCUGUGAAGUCUGCAAGCAUAUCUGAGAAAAAGACGAUACGUUUCUCUGAUGUUGCUGAUGAUGGACCACCGGGAAUUAAUUUAAUACAAAAGCGGCAGACAGAAGAUGUUGACGGUGAAGCAAUGGAUGAGGAUAGCCCACCCAGCCCAAUUCCUCCGGGUGCCCAAAACGCUUCUGGCAUCGCUGAUGCCCCUGGGGCCCCUGGAGCCCCCGGUGCUGCGGCUCCAAAGCCAACAUCACUACAACAACGAAUGUUGGCUCUCUCUGGGCAGAAUAUAGACGACUUUAUGAAAGAGAUGGAAGAGGUUCACCGAAAGAGAGAGAGGGAUAGAGCUGCGGAUUUGAAUGCACGUUUGAGUGCGCUUAAGCGAACUAAAGCCGGUCGCGAUAGUGACUCUGACAGUGAGCCCGAGAACUCAGUCGACGUGGAGCCACCUGGGGCCGAAGUACGCCCCAUGAUACCUCCACCGUUAAUGCCAAGUCUACGUCCUCCAAUGAUUCGAGUGCCCCCCGGUGCACCUCCUGGUGUCCCACCUGGAGUGCCUCCAGCGCCCCCCGGUCUGCCACUUGUGCUGCCCCCUGGACCACCACCCGGUCUGCCAGGUCGGCCAUUACGUCCCCCUGGGCCUCCCCCUGGUGCUCCUCCGCGGCUCAUGAGACCGUUAGUGCCCCCACCACCACAUGUAUCAGUACUGACGGCUGCCCCACAACUGAUUCAGAAGAAGGAUGCGCCACAGAGUGCAACAAUAAGUGCGAAGCCCCAAAUCCGGAAUUUAUCAGCGGACGUCACGCGAUUUGUGCCUUCAGCGUUGCGUGUCAAACGUGAAGAUAAAAGGACGAAAACCGAGCUCAAGGCAACAAUACAUAGGGCUGAAGUACCAAAACAAGUGCCAACCAAAGAUGACGCCUAUAUGCAGUUCAUGAAGGAAAUGGAGGGACUAUUAUAGAAUUAAAUAAAUAUUAAAAGAG